AUGCCACUGAGACGCUUGCCCUCAGAACUUUAUCUGCACGUCUUGCACUACCUCCAAGAACCCUCAGAUCUUCUUCCAAUAAGACUGGUGUCUCGAACUCUCUAUUCACAUAUCGACGGCCACUGUGCAGCAUUGGCUAUUCAGAAACAUAAUCUGCUGAGAAAUUCACACGUCAAGCCCGGGGCUUGGUACAAGAGGGGCUGUGGACAGGGCGGCGGCCUGGCCGCCAACGCCGGCACGAGACGCCAUCGGCACGUUAGACAUGGGUUGAGACUAAGAAGGUCUGAAAACCGCUGUGAAAGAUCUGAUAGCGUGAGAGGGAGUGCUGAUCUCGUCGUGUUCUUUGACGUGGCCAUGCACUCGUGGAACCUUCGAGCCGCCAGAUGGUUGGGAACCAUGGGUCUCGCACAUAUGCCCCAACUCGCACCCGGAAGACCACGAGCCUGUGACUUUUUCCGUGCCCUUUUUGCCUCCAACGCAGAUGGUUCUGCGUGUCAACAAUUUCAUCGUUCGACACCGGGCCAUCGCGACAAUCAACAUAGCCGGAAGGCUGGGGAUGAGGCACUAGGGAAGAGGCAGCGGCCGGGACGAAUCUUUACCCACGUGCGUAACUUGUUUAGCGCGCCCAGCUUGUCCACUGAGCGCCAUCGUGCUACGCCUUGCGUCGGACUAUGUGCCAAGUGUCCUGCUUAUGAUGCUUCCGAUGCUGCUUGGGGCCCAGAGUCUACGAGAGAGAGUAACGUAACCGGCAAAGCUCGCCCGCGCUGA